AAUGCCGCGAUUCACAGUGCAUGUCAGGGAUGAGUGGCUGACUGUCCCCUGCAGAGACCUGUCCCGCACAGUGCAGUGGCUGGGUCUCGAGGCGCUGAAACGAUACAUAAAGAACAAGCCGGAUAAUGGGGGCAUCGGCUAUGUGCAAGAGGCCAGUUUCUAUGUAAGAAGAUGCCAAGGGCAAGGGCUGCUGGACGCGGGUGACACUUUGGAAGAUACUCUGGAAGAUAAUGAUGUUGUAGAAAUUGUAAUUAAUGGGGAAACCAUGUCUCCAGAUUUCACUUCACCACACCUUGAUGGUUCUCACUUUUAUAAUAAAUAUCAAGAACCCAUGGAGUAUAUUUCUAUAGAUGGGAAAGGCCUCUCAACAACUGACCUGGUGAAUUUAGGAAAAGGACUUUACAAGAUUAAGCUUACUGCAGAUGCAGAAAGUCAAGUCAAAAAGUCAAGGGAACUUGUUGACAACAUUGUUAAGGACCAUAAAGUUGUAUAUGGAAUCACAACAGGAUUUGGAAAAUUUUCCCAAACCAUCAUCCCAAAUAAUAAACUCAUCGAACUACAGGAAAAUGUGAUUCGUUCCUGUUCAGCAGGUGUUGGCAAACCACUGAGCCCUGAGCGCUCCCGAAUGCUCCUGGCCUUGAGGAUCAAUGUUCUGGCCAAAGGCUACAGCGGCAUUUCCUUGGACACUCUCCAUCAGAUGAUUGAAGCCUUCAAUGCUUCCUGCCUCUCCUAUGUGCCGGAGAAGGGGACGGUUGGGGCCAGCGGAGACCUCGCCCCUCUGUCUCACCUGGCUCUGGGACUGAUGGGAGAGGGCAAGAUGUGGUCACCCAAGAGUGGCUGGGCAGAUGCCAAAUACGUUUUGGAGGCUCAUGGACUGAAACCUAUAUCACUGAAACCUAAAGAGGGGCUGGCGCUCAUCAAUGGAACCCAGAUGAUCACGUCUCUGGGUGCGGAGGCAGUUGAGAGAGCCCUGGCUAUCGCCAGACAGGCUGACAUCAUCGCAGCUCUGACACUGGAGGUCCUGAAGGGAACCACAAAGGCCUUUGACAGUGACAUCCAUGAGCUGCGGCCCCACCCUGGGCAGAAAGAGGUGGCUUUCAGGUUCCGAUCCCUUCUGGAUUCAGAUCACCACCCCUCUGAAAUUGCAGAAAGCCACAGGUUCUGUGACAGAGUUCAGGAUGCAUACACUUUACGCUGCUGCCCUCAGGUCCAUGGAGUGGUGAACGACACAAUUGCUUUUGUAAAGAAUAUCAUUGACACAGAGAUUAACAGUGCCACAGACAACCCUAUGGUAUUCGCAGAACGAGGUGUGACUCUUUCAGGAGGAAAUUUCCAUGGUGAAUAUCCAGCUAAAGCUCUAGACUACCUUGCGAUUGGUGUGCAUGAACUUGCUGCAAUGAGCGAGAGAAGAAUUGAACGCCUGUGUAACCCCUCUCUCAGCGAGCUCCCAGCAUUUCUGGUCUGUGAAGGGGGUCUAAACUCAGGUUUUAUGAUUGCUCACUGCACAGCUGCAUCCUUGGUUUCAGAGAAUAAAGUGCUGUGCCACCCCUCCUCUGUGGACUCCCUGUCCACCAGCGCUGCCACUGAGGACCAUGUAUCUAUGGGGGGCUGGGCUGCCAGGAAAGCACUCAAAGUGAUUGAACACGUAGAGCAAGUUCUUUCCAUAGAGCUACUCUCAGCCUGCCAAGGGAUUGAGUUUUUACGCCCCCUGAGAACUACCACACCAUUGGAGAAGGUCUAUGACCUUGUGCGCUCUGUUGCAAAGCCAUGGAUUAAGGACCGCUUCAUGGCUCCGGAUAUUGAAGCUGUUCACAAGCUACUUUUGGAUCAAAAGGUGUGGAAAGCAGUACACCCUUACAUUGAAAAGUUUAGACUGGCUCUCAGUCCCGAGUCUGACUGUGCCUGUUUCCCCUGAUUCAUCUGGAAAAGCAGCCCACU